UACUGCUGCUGAUUGGCUGGGCAGCUAAGGGGGCGGGAUAACCCGGGGGAACCUGGAUUCUGGGAAUCCCGCUCCUCAUAUUAAACUACAACUCCCAGAAAGCAUUGAGGCUACGCGUAGACGACCACAUCGGCUGCUCUUCAUUGGUCUGACGGCGGCGGAGGGCUGUUUUGAUUGGCUGAGGGUGGAGUUCGUAUGUGCUUGUUUAGCGCCACAGUGCUGGCUGCGGCUGCUGUGAGUUGUGUGGCUGCAGGUGGGCUCACGCGGUGAGUCGUAGCGGGGAACUUUCUCUCGGGUGUUUGGGGGGUUCGAUUCCCGUUCUUGGGGUCUUGAUGCGAGCUGAAUCUCCCGAAUUUUCACUUUGGUUUUUGAGCUUGGUUUGGGGGAGGAGAGGAACGCGUGGGCGACUGUCUUCCUUCGUAGAUGAACUUCGAGGUGAAGUUCACUUCCCCUGUUACUUACAAGCUGAAACUGGCCCAGACGUGCAUGGUAAGAAAGAACAAAGUUGUGUUCUUCAAAAUCAGAGGGAAGUUGCUUUGUAAAGAGUUAUAUAAAUGUUAGUAAUUAUUACCAUAUUUUAGAUUCAAUUUCGUAAAAAAACCUGUUGAGAACUCACUCUUAGCUGCUAGGCGCUGCAGGAACUGGAAACACACUGACCUGUGUAAGAGGAUGCCCUGCGAGUGUCCAUAAGUAAGGUGGAGAAGUCUCGCUCAAAAAGCUGAAAGAGGUUGCAACCUUGACCGAGGUGGUAUUAGAGCUGGCGUACUCAGCUCUGGCAUCACCUUACUGGUGUGGCUUAAGAAGAAGUCAUCAGGAUCUUUGUAUUUGGAAAGCUAUAUAAAUGUCAGUGUCGUAAUGUCUCGGGAGACGGAUGUGGAGGGUCAGCCGCCCCAUGGCAGUGGUGCCUGUUCACAGUCCCAAGGCAGCUUCUCGCAGUCUCAAGGCAUCUCCUCCCAGACACAUGGCUCCUCCUCACACUCGCAGGGCACGUCCAGCUCUUCCACCAACACAGCACCCACAUCCAGCCAGUCCUCUCAUUCCAGCUCGGGGACUCUGAGCUCCUUAGACACCGUGUCCACCCAGGAACUCUGUUCGAUUCCCGAGGACCAAGAACCGGAGGAGCCUGUCCCUGCCCCUUGGGCUCGAUUGUGGGCUCUUCAGGAUGGAUUCACCAAUCUUGAGUGUGUUAAUGACAGCUACUGGUUUGGGAGAGAUAGGAGCUGCGAAUACUGCUUUGAUGAGCCACUGCUGAAAAGAACGGAUAAAUACCGGACUUACAGCAAGAAACACUUUCGGAUUUUCAGAGAAAUGGGUCCCAAAAACUCUUACAUCGCAUACAUAGAAGAUCACAGUGGGAAUGGAACCUUUGUAAAUAGAGAGCUUGUAGGGAAAGGAAGACGCCUUCCUUUGAGUAACAAUUCUGAAAUUGCACUUUCAGUGUGGAGUAAUAAAGUUUUUGUAUUUUUUGACCUGACUGUAGAUGAUCAGUCAGUUUAUCCUAAGGAAUUAAGAGACGAAUACAUCAUGUCAAAAACUCUCGGAAGUGGUGCCUGUGGUGAGGUGAAGCUAGCUUUUGAGAGGAAAACAUGUAAGAAAGUAGCCAUAAAAAUCAUCAGCAAAAGGAAGUUUGCUGUUGGCUCUGAGAGAGAGGCAGAUCCGGCUCUCAAUGUUGAAACAGAAAUAGAAAUUUUGAAAAAACUAAAUCAUCCUUGUAUCAUCAAGAUUAAAGACUUUUUUGAGGCUGAAGAUUAUUAUAUUGUUUUGGAAUUGAUGGAAGGAGGAGAGCUGUUUGACAGGGUGGUGGGGAAUAAACGCCUGAAAGAAGCUACGUGCAAGCUCUAUUUUUACCAGAUGCUCCUGGCUGUACAGUACCUUCAUGAAAACGGCAUUAUACAUCGGGACUUAAAGCCAGAGAAUGUUUUACUCUCAUCCCAAAAAGAGGACUGUCUUAUAAAGAUUACUGAUUUUGGGCAGUCUAAGAUUUUGGGGGAGACCUCUCUCAUGAGAACCUUAUGUGGUACCCCUACCUACCUGGCUCCUGAGGUUCUUAAUUCCUUUGGGACUGCUGGAUAUAACCGAGCUGUGGAUUGCUGGAGUUUAGGAGUUAUUCUUUUUAUUUGCCUUAGUGGGUAUCCACCUUUCUCUGAGCAUAAGACUCAAGUGUCCUUGAAGGAUCAGAUCACCAGUGGAAAAUUCAACUUCAUUCCCGAAGUCUGGGCAGAGGUCUCAGAGAAGGCUCUGGACCUUGUCAAGAAGUUGCUAAUAGUGGAUCCAAAGGUGCGUUUUACGACAGAGGAGGCUUUAAGACACCCAUGGCUUCAGGAUGAGGACAUGAAGAGAAAAUUUCAGAAUUUGCUUUUUGAAGAAAAUAAGUCGACGACUGUACCCCAAGUCCCAGCCCAGCCUUCCACGAGUCGAAAGCGACUUCUUGAAGGGGAAGCAGAGGACGCUGACACCACAAAGCGUCUGGCUGUGUGUGCUGCUGUGUCGUGAACACUGGCUGAAUGAAAGCAACCUGCCUUCUUGGACCCUGCUGCCACUUUUUUUGAAGUCUGUGUUUUAUAGUUUGUAUCGUAAUUAUGGGGACGGUUCCUUUUCCACGAUCAUCAAUACACAAUUCUAAACCUA